UAAUUGUAAACAAAAGAAAACUUGUAAAUAAGUUGUUCAGGUUUAAACCAAUGAUGACAGAAACCAAUCCUAGCGAAACGGUCCCCAGGGAAGAGCAAAACGCAGAAGAUGAUUCAACGAAUCAAUCUCCGCCAGAAACAGGUUCAACUCCCGCAACAACAAGUGCCGGCAAUAUUUUUGGCCCGGAGGAGGAUGAGAACGAAGCCAAUUCCGUGGAUAGGGACGAUUCCGCCAGCUUGUUCAGCACCACCACAACGACCACCAGGAGUAAAUCGCCCAACACGCGCAAGCUAAACCGCCUGUGCCGACGGGCAAAGGCUCCGAAAAUGGUGCCACCUCUUUACAAAUACAGCUGUCAUGUGCGCGAGGACCACAACCACCUCUUUGGGGUGCAGUUUAAUCCAUUUCUGGACAGAAAUCAGCCGCAGGUGUUUGCCACUGUGGGCAAGGACCGGGUUUCCAUAUACGAAUGCGAAAAAGCAUAGGACGAGCCCUGUGAAGGCAUUCGACUGCUUCAGGUUUACGCAGAUCCCGAUACCGAUGAAAGCUUUUAUACGUGCGCUUGGUCGUAUGACGCCGAAACCGGUGAUCCUGUACUGGCCGCGGCUGGUUACCGUGGCGUUAUUCGCAUCUUCAAUCCCGUAAAGCAUCAGUGCAGCAAGAACUACAUUGGCCAUGGACACGCCAUCAACGAGCUCAAAUUUCAUCCCGUGAGACCGCAGCUACUGCUGUCCGGCAGCAAGGAUCACUCGCUGCGGUUGUGGAACAUUCAGUCGGACGUGUGCGUAGCCGUGUUUGGUGGCGUUGAAGGGCAUCGCGAUGAGGUGCUGUCCAUUGACUUUGAUUUGCGCGGCGAUCGCAUCAUGUCCAGUGGAAUGGAUCACUCGCUGAAACUGUGGCGACUGGACAAACCGGACAUAAGGGAGGCCAUCGAGCUGAGCUCUGGUUUUAGUCCCAACAAGAAUACGGCACCGUUUCCGACAAUCAAGGAGCACUUCCCUGACUUCUCCACGCGCGAUAUACACCGCAAUUAUGUGGAUUGUGUUCAGUGGUUCGGUGACUUUGUCUUUUCCAAAUCCUGCGAGAAUUCGAUUGUCUGCUGGAAGCCGGGCAAACUCUCAGCCCCCUAGGAGAUCCAGCCGCAGGAGUCGGCCACCACGGUGCUGCAUCAUUUUGACUACAAGAUGUGCGAGAUUUGGUUCGUUCGCUUUGCCUUCAACGCCUGGCAAAAGAUACUGGCCCUGGGGAAUCAACAGGGCACCACCUUUGUGUGGGAACUGGACUGCAACGACCCGAAUCUGACCAAGUGCAGCCAACUGGUGCAUCCCAAGAGCAACUCCACCAUCCGGCAGACAUCGUUCUCUAAAGAUGGGUCCAUUUUGGUCUGUGUUUGCGAUGACAGUACCGUAUGGCGAUGGAAUCGCGUUAAUUAGUUAAGAUUUGUCGCAAUUUAUAUUAUUUUAUUACCACUUCAUGGUAUUUACGCGGACCUGGGCUAAAAGCUCCAAAUUCCAAAGGAAUAUUUUAUUCAAUAUUUAUUAAUAGAUCUGUGUAGUAAUUAUUUACUUCUCAAAUUUUGUAAACCGGUUUUUAGAAAGCCUUUUUAUCAUCGGAUCUUAGUUUGUAAAACUUUCCCUUUUUUUAUUUUU